AAUGUUUUAAAAUAUGUGCUAACCUUUAAACGAACACAACAGUCUCGUCACACAUUUCAUAUAUUGUUGACAAUUUGAUAGUAUCUAAAUUCUUGUACUAAGUCGUCGAUAGUAAUAAAUCAAUCUUAAUAUUUAUCCUUAUGAUUGUGGAAUAUGAGCAACCGACCAAACUCUAAAUCGACAUACACCUCCACAAGAGGAGCCAAGACACCGUUGUCAGUUAUCAGCAAGUAUUACAACAAAGUCUCCUCGAAGAUAGACAGCCCGCUGGUAAGCGGACACUACCACGGCAAAUGCUGCACAAAGCAUUCUUCUGAAAAGUUACUACCGGUGUACGCGAAACCUGGAAUCGUGAAAAACCAAACAGAUUCGAAAAACCAGGAGUCUCAAGUACCUCCCGGGAGAUCCUGCCAGAUCUUGGACUCCAAAGACCCUCCGGCCACUCUGUCAGAGAAGAACCUCCAUCUGAACACUAAGUUCGACAAGCUUUCGGAGUCGAUUAUCGGUCUCGCCACCUCUUCGGGAUCGGUCGGUGUGCGUUCGCUGGAGUCUCUGCUGACCAAAGAGUUUCAGACUUCUCUGGGAACCGAAGUUAACGACCCGAAGUACUCCCAGGGGUUCUUUCAGUCUACAAGAGGGCUGAUCGAGAAACUUGUGCACGUGUACGAAGAGGGCAAAAUCAACCCCAGACUUAUCAAGGAACCUUCCUUGGGCUUCUCAAGACACAAGUUCCUGGAAGCAAAUUCUGCUACUUCAGUCUGCUACAAGGACCGGUACUUCAAGGAGCUCGUGAUGAACGUACUACAGAGCAUGUGCUCGAACGACCUGGAGGAGGAGAUCCCACCACCCCCCAGCAUAGGAUUGUUGAGUGCGGCGAGCAGAGAGCGGAUCCGACUCAUCAGAGACAUGGUGCGGGUAGAGGCGGGUCUCGAGCCAGAGUUGUUCAAGCAACUGGACCUGAAACUGGAGAACUUGCGGCGAUCUCUGAGUCAGAACAGACUCGAGAUGUUGAGAGCUACAAAGGAAGUGGAGAGGGUUAUCUCCGUCCAUCUGAUGAAGCGUAGCAGCUCCAGCUGUGUGGAAAUUCCGCAGGCUGCUAAGAGUGCGCUGAAGAAGAACUACAAGAAGUGCGACAAGAAUUCCGAGUGCGAAAAGGGAUGCAGAAUAAAUUUAAAGGGGUGUGGGCGUUUGGAAUCAAAAAACGAGUCGGAACUGGCAAAAAACUUUCUGACGAGUAUAGAAACUUUCGGUUUGGACUUUUGUGAUGACGACGUCUUCAAAUGUAAGGCACCCGAUCCUAUAGAAGAGAUCAGGUCGAGAAUGACGUUACUGGUGGAAGAAGAGAUUUUGAGAAUGAAAGACAAAAUAAAAACUAUUCUAAAACAGGAGCAGGUUCCUGAUGAAGUGAAUACUAUCGAGAAUUUACCGGCCAGUUCCACUGAAAGUUGCGACAGUAGAAGUAACUCAGACAGUGAUGAAAGAGGUGAAGAAACUGACGAAGAGACAAGAAUGCUUAUGCAACUGUUACAGUCUGAUUAUCUUCAGGAUGAAAUGUUUCUACGUAAAAUAAACAGUAGUAUUUUAAAAAAUGCAGUUUUAGAAAGCAUUGAGGAGGGUGAAAUGGAAUUGAUUGAAGAAGAUGAGAACGACUUGCCAACAAGAAUAAAAUCUGGUGCAGAACGGGAUAAAACCAAUCUAGGAUACGAAGGAGUGGAUAAUAGAAAAGACCGGAGUACGGUUAAAGAGAAUAUGGAAUAUGGAAUAUUAAACUCAUCUCAGACUAGUUCUGAGAGUGAAUAUCUAACAUCAGUAGACUUAACUUCACUUCACGAUGAAGAAAAGAAAACGGACUCAUUUUUGGACCGUUUUAAGGCCAGAUGGUGGGGGUCUGAUGAGUCUAUUGCCAGUGAUAUCUUAAAAGAAAUUCAAAGUUCUUUUGAGGAUAAUAGAAAAGCCCACGAUAUGGUUAAUGAGGAUACACUCUUAAACUCAUCUCAGUCUAUUCCUGAAAGUGAAUAUCUAACAUCAGUAGAUUUAAUACCACUUCAAAAUGAAGAAAAGAAAACGGAAUCAUUUGUAGACCGUUUUAAAGCAAAAUGGUGGUCCUCAGAUGAGUCUAUUGCAAGUGAAAUCCUAAAAGAAAUGAAAAGUUCUUAUGAAAGAUUUGAAAUGCAGGAAAUUAGUGUUGACGGUAAGGAAAUUCACACGUGUGAUUCUGAGGAGAACAGAUAUGAAGAGGAUACGACAUUAGAACUUCCAAACGAAUUUGAUUUUACAGUAGAACAAAUAGCAAAUGCUCUUGUCAAGGUCAUUACAAAAACAAUUGAAUUGACUAGUUUCUCAGUAGAGACUGAUCCAAAUUUCUCCGUUCAGCGGAAACUCUUGGCUUUUGAAGUUCUGAAAAUCUUAGAAGACUGUAUAAAUAACAUUGAAAGUUCCGACUCACAUGAUACAGACUCGUCUUUUAAUGACGAAAAAUAUAUUUGUCUAAGAGUAGAUAGGAUUUGCACAGCUUUCUCUCAUUUGGUGGACUCACUGAACCACGCUCCUCCCAGCCUUAAGAGUCGACCUUUUUCAACAUUGUCCCCUCCGCAAUCCAUGAUGAGGACCCUCGCAAUGUUAGCCUCAACGGAGUACUUCCAAGAUUGCUUCAUUUCGGUUUUACUUGAGGACGGUCAAAAUUUUAAUGAUGAUAUAUCUCCAAGGCCAGAUGAAGAUCGGUUAGAAGUUCAUCUCAAUCCUAACCGAGAUGUGGAAAUCAUAAAAGGCUGCGAUAUGAGUAAGCAGACAUCCAGUGGAGAAAUAACUAAGAUUAAUCCUAAAUUGACCACUAAUUCUCAAUCAUCCAUCGUUCGCGGUGUGUUCAGAACCAACCUCGAGAAACCUGAAGAUGUUCCUAAAAAUAUGUCCAGCUUUGAGCAUUACCUUGGUCUCUCCGCUUCUGUAAUGACUGUGCAGAACGUUUCCGACAUGUUUCUGUACCUUUCUACAGUUCUGAACGACAUUCCACAUAGAAUCAAAGGUGAGAAGAUACUCAGUCUCAAUCCUCCAUACUCUCUCGAAAGGGCUCUUGAUAUUCUUUAUUCAGAAGACGAACCAAGAGAUGUAGACAAAAAAGUCAGUUUUUCUUCGUUGACAGUUCAGAACGUCUCUGAUUUCUUUCUGCAACUUUCGAAGACUUUUGAGGACGCUCCGCCACGAGUAAAAAACUCCAUCGUUUUGGAUCUCGAACCCCCAAAAUCCCUACUGAAAGCUAUUAAGCUGUUGACCUCCUUGCAGUACAACUCCAUCCUGGAAAGCAACAGCCAAGGAGAGAUCUUGGAAGAAAAAGAAUCCAGCAGUCAAGAUAAAUUUUAUGAUGCGGUCGAUACUCUGACCUUUUUGAAAUAUGCUUGAAUAAAUGAGUCGAAAAAAUAAAUGUCAUGCUCUUUACAAUGCUAACAUACUGAAAUAUCCACGUUGGCUUAAAUUAUUUUAUAAUUACGAGAAACAAGAAAGGAACUCUGGCAUGUGGGGUCUUGUUUACUGAAUCAAUAAACUUUAGUGUAAUAUGUUUUGUUUUGAAUAAAAUCACUGUCUAGGAAUCGACAACA